AUGCUCACCGUUGCUCAGCGUAUGCCAGUAGAUUCAUGGGACUCGCACAUGCAUGUCACAGAUCCGGACUACCCAUUAACAGAAGGAGCGGCGUAUAUUCCCUGUCUACAUACCUUGGACGAUGUUCGAAACUUUGAAGGGACAAUUGGCAUCCGCAACACAGUCUUUGUCCAACCUUCGAUAUAUGGCAACGAUAACUCAUGUCUACUCGACGCUUUGCGAGUGGCUGGUCCUUCACACGGUCGUGGUGUGGUCGCCAUAGACCCUGAUAUGCUGGACAUUACUCAACUUCAGGAAUGGCAUAAGCUCGGCGUUCGUGGUGUCCGCCUCAACCUCAAAUCGAUCAAUGCCACAUACACAGAGAAUUCCCUUACAACAAUGCUUCAGAAGUAUGCAGAGGCCAUUCGAGGCUUCGGCUGGGUGCUCGAACUCUACAUCGGCAUGGAAGCAAUGCCUAUCCUGGAGAAGAUCGUGCCCAGUCUCGGUGUCAGGAUAUCAAUCGCACAUUUUGGUGCACCCACAUUGCCUAGUCCAGAGACCGCGAACUAUCCACUCAACCCAUACGAUAUUACCGGCUUCUCUUCACUGGUAAAUCUAGUCCGAGCUGGUUCUACGUGGGUCAAACUAUCUGCACCUUAUCGAUUUGACAAGGACACGCACUUCCGUGGUGUCGAAAGCAUUGCUCGCGAAUUGCUCAAGGUUGCUGGUGAUCGCUGCAUCUUUGCUUCCGAUUGGCCUCACACGAGGCAUGACGGUCUUGAUAUCAAACCUUUUGUUGAGACAGUCUUGGAUUGGACAGACGAGGCCAACCUAACAAAGGAGGUGUUCAGUCUCAACGCGAAAGAGUUGUGGGAUAUUGACCAAAGGCGUGAUAGUCAGGAUCCACUGAAGUGUGAUUGA